GAUGCACCGCGGCUGUCAGUUUCAGCCGAGCACUGUGCGGCUGUACGAGCAGAGAGCACUCAGACAGAAGGGCUGGCUCACUCACUUUCAGUGCUUCAAGCAUGGACCAAGACAACAAUUCAGAGGAUGAGUCAGUUGGCCCACCGGAGGAUCCCUCAGAAGAGGAACUGCCCUGUCUACCUCCAGGGCUCUCGGACGGAGAAGCAAUGGAGCUGCUGUGGCAGUUGCGAUCCCAGCGGCGCCAGUCGUCUCCUGAACUCCCAGAGACAGUGACCCGUCUUACUGCCCCUGAUGGCAGCCUGCUAUACCUGGUAGGCACUGCCCAUUUCAGCGACAGCAGCAAAAAAGACGUGGCCACGACGAUUCGUGCCGUGCAGCCAGACGUUGUGGUGGUGGAGCUGUGCCAGUACAGGGUGUCGAUGCUGAAGAUGGACGAGAAUACGCUGCUGAGGGAAGCCAAAGACAUCAACCUGGACAAGGUUCAGCAGGCCAUCAAGCAGAAUGGGCUGAUGUCUGGCCUGAUGCAGAUUCUCCUGCUCAAAGUUUCCGCCCACAUCACAGAGCAGCUGGGCAUGGCACCUGGAGGAGAGUUUAGGGAGGCCUUCAGAGAGGCUGGUCGGGUGCCCUUUUGUAAAUUCCACCUUGGGGACAGGCCAAUCCCUGUGACAUUCAAGAGGGCCAUUGCUGCUCUUAGUCUGUGGCAGAAGGCACGUCUGGCCUGGGGUCUCUGCUUCCUGUCAGACCCAAUCAGUAAAGAGGAUGUGGAGAAGUGCAAACAGAAGGACCUUCUGGAACAGACCAUGUCUGAGAUGAUCGGCGAGUUUCCUGCUCUUCACCAAACCAUUGUGGCUGAAAGAGACAUCUACCUCACGCACACGCUCCGCCAGGCUACACGCUGUGUGGAAGCCCCCCCUAAUGCUCAGAAAGUGCCUGCUGUGGUGGUGGGAGUCGUAGGGAUGGGUCACGUCCCUGGUAUAGAGCGAAACUGGGAGAAGCAGCUCAACAUUAAUGAAAUCAUGAGUGUUGCACCUCCCUCACGUUUUGGCUGGGUGUUGCGUGCAGUCGUGAAGGGCGUCGUGGUGGGAAUGCUAGGAUACGCCUGCUACCGCGCUGGAGGGAGUAUAGGUAGAGUCCUGCUGUCUUUACCUGCAGUCCAAUCAUUACUGGAGACACUGCAGCCGCCCCCUGCUUGACCCCCUCGAAGCCAUCAGCGACACGACCUCUGAUCCCUUGAAACAAUGCAUCUAUCACCAAUGGCCUUAAAAACAGGAGGUGAGGCUGGAGGAGAGGGUUCGCCAGCCCACACUAAGAACUCACAAGGACCUCGGGGGGUUAAGAACCCCUCCGCCUCGUAUUAAAGUCCCUGCAGACGCCGCAGGGCUGUACUGCCAAAGAAACCGUGACAGUACUCUUAAUGUUUUUUGCAUAUUUUGAGCAAAUCCUGCAUUUUGUAAGAUUUGAAAAUGCCAAUAAUUUCUUCCAAGUAGGUUUAUAUUUUCCCAGUCAGUCUGUUAAUGACUUACACACACACACAAAGACACAGUUUUUAUUUGAUGAAUAUCAUUGGAGCUGUUUUCUGAGAAGAAGCUAUCUCCUUUCUAAUUCCUCAUUUCUGGUGCAUUAUUGUUGGUAAUUAUCCCAUUUCAAGUCCAGCACUUUAUAGGAGCCUGAUAGAGUCUUGUUCUGUACAUGCAGCCUGUGGAAAUGAAAAGAAAUAUAUAUUCAGUCAUAGCUAGAAUAAACAAGUUAGAAAAUGUAAGCAAGGACCUCUAUAAUAGCCUUCAGUUUUUAUAGUUAGUGGACAAAGUGACCCACAUGGUGUGAGGUCAAAUCAUUUCCCUACUUCUUCAUAAAUCUACUGUUUAUCAUGUAUAUUCCUCAAAAUUCACAUCCAGGAUUGGCCUAAGAUGAGUGUGACUUCCCACGUGCACAGUCCUGCCGACGUCAACAGACAAGUGCCUCAUGUUGCAGCUGUAAGGGCUACUGGUAAACUAACUGGAAAGGCAAAACCUUGUGUCGCAUGCAACUUAAACUUACAAAAUGGUCAAUGCAAGUUCUUAAGAUUCUGUCUUUGUAUAACCACGUGAUAAGCCAGUUUUAUAAAUACCCUAAAUAUAGACAUUUAGUUGUUUGACUUCAGUUAAACCCUACAUAUCAUACAUUAAUCAGAGAUCUGAUGCAGGACAGGCUUAAAUAUGCCUCAGGAAGAGCAUCGCAUCAUCCUGUCGUCUGUAUAUUUGAUUGUACCUCCGAUAUGAGCUGCCCUCACAUUUAGGCUUUAACUGACUCCAUCUCUGAGGAAAGGUUCUUACUUGACAUAUGCAUCAUAAAUAGAUAGCCAUCUGAAAACUAUCACAUCUGACAUUCAGCACACCAGCUGUUUGUACUUUUAUAAUAUAUGCAUUAUAAUUUCCCAGUCUGAUUGUGAAACGGGGUCAGGGACUGAGAUCGAAAUGAAAUUAAUGUGUUUUCCUCAAAUUAAGGAUUGAACUUGGCCAUAAUGGUUUCUUUAUGGACUUGUUUUGCUUGCUGUCGAGGAGACUGACAGUUGGGGUUGGUCAGAGUUGGGAGAUAAAGCCUUACGCUGAGAUCACUGCUGCCUUUGACCGUCAGAUUGCCUCCUCUGCUGAGGCUUGUUUCCUGCAUCUAUAGUACAGAGCUUCUUACCACACAUUGGCCAGAUGACAUCCCAAUAAAUUUCAAACAAAAUAAUUAUGUGAUUACAAGUUUAUGUACCAAACACCAAUUCCUGGAUAAUGUUAAUCGAUUGUGUGUACAGUUCUCACAUUAUUUACUGUUGUGUGUUCAUGGGAGAUAUGAAAGAAGUAAAUCAUUUCAUCCUAAAAACAUAAUCAGACCACCUGCCAGUUACCUACACUUUGAGCUAACUCAGAUAAUCUGUCUUCCAACUGUUAAAUAAAUUCUCUUGCCUAAGUAGGAGAUAAGAAUAUUGAGAAAGUAGAGGUCAGAUGUAGUCCAGCCUCUCAGUUCCUCUGCAAUAUAACUCAAAUACUUUGUCUGCCUCCCUCCCACAUCUUUUUAAAAGACUCGAUCUGCUGUAUGUCUGCGAAGAAAGCUGUAUGAAUGCCUGUAUUUGUUGUAAGAUUUGGUUCCCCAUCCCCUUGUGUUGUAUUGUCAUUGUUAGCAUACCAAACAUUGAUUCAAUAAUGGAUUACACAAAUAUUUGAAGUAAAGAAGUUAUAUUUGCCUCAGAAA